CGCAUAUGUGACGGCCAGCACCACUGCUUAUAAGUAAGCUCUCUCGCCCGGCCAACUCUGGGGAGGCACCGUCGCCGGACGAGCUGUUUUCUCUCAUGCACUCGCUCAGGUUGUCCAGUGGCAGCAGCACGGGACUCGGCCGGUUCGCUGCCGCGAGGUUGGUGGCCGCAGCUCGUGGAGGGAGGAGCGUGUCCGCCGCGCCGGGCAUGGAGCCCCCGCGCGACGACAUACACAACACCAAAGAGGACGUGAUGAGCCACCCGUUCGGGGUGGCCUACUCCGCGAGGUCGGACGAGGACGAGGAAGGCUUCGGCGGGGUGUACGCGAGGGACGACGACCGGCCGGCGUUCAGCCGUCCAACUGCCGACGCGCGUCCGACCCAUCCUCCUCCUCCUGACCAUGGAACCUCGCAGGUGAAGGAGGAGAGAGCGCGCCAUCUCAAUGACGACAAGCACGCCACCUAGCUUCCUAUAUAAAGCCAUGUUUUAAGAAGUUUAUCUAUGUGUUGUGAUAAUCAUGUAAAAUACCAAGGCAUGCUUCCGUGCCUUACUAGCUAUGUUAUGUGUGCCCCUAGCAUGAGCUGUAAAAUUAAGAGAUGACUUGUAAAGAGAUAGUGCUUUGUGAGUGUCGGAGCUACUUCUAUAGUGUCAAAAACACUAUUAUAUUAUGAAACGGAGGGAGUACAAUUCUUCUUUGGCCGGUUUAGUAAGACAGAUUUAGUAAAGUCUUAUGUAAUGGAUUCGAGUCUCCUUGUGAAAAAGAGAAUGUUAUCCGGAA